AGGAGCUGGGGAACAGGAAGUGUUGUGCCAGCUGGACUUUUUAUUUCUAAUGAAACUUCAAACAGCAACAGUGUGUUUCCGUCCUGAAAACACCACCACAGCACGGUGAUGGACUCGGACAGCGGGGAGAUGUUCCUGAGCGGCGAGGAGUCCGACAAUUGGCACACAGCUUUCUCCCAGAAGCCCCUGCAGGACUGGGCAGUGGACCCCGACUGUGUUCUGAAUGAGAGCGAGUCGGAGGACGUCCUUCAGGCCGUGGACCCUAACGAGGUGUUUCCCAGCGGGCCGCUCCCCUCCUCGUCUGAGAGCGACAGCAGCGUCUCAGAGGACCCCCCCCCCGUCAGCUCCACCCCCCCCACCCAAGUCUACCAGCUGGUGUACGAGGUCAACGGCCUGCAGACCAAACCUAGACCUGAUAACAUGAUCUCCAUAGAGCUGGGUGAAUGGAGCUCGCAGCUGCUGUUCUCAGACUCGUGCAUCGUCAACGAGCUUCCUGUCCCUGACCAGCUGUACCAGGAGCUGUGUCUGACGGAGGAGGAGCAGAAGCUUCUGACUCAGGAAGGAGUUGCUCUGCCAAGCAGCCUCCCUCUCACCAAGGCUGAGGAGAGGGUCCUGAAGAGAGUUCGGAGAAAGAUCCGGAACAAGCAGUCGGCUCAGGACAGCCGGCGGAGGAGGAAGGAUUACAUCGACGGGCUGGAGAGCAGGGCAGCAGCGUGCUCGGUGCAGAACAAGGAGCUGCAGCGCACCGUGGGUCAGCUGGAGAAACACAACAUGUCUCUGCUGGCUCACCUGCAGCAGCUCCAGUCUCUCAUCAAGCACACCGUGAGCCGGGGAGCCCAGACCAGCACCUGCCUACUGAUCAUCCUGGUGUCUCUGGGUCUGAUCAUCCUGCCGAGUUUCAGUCCGUUCAGCCGAAACUCUUCUUCAGACGACGACUACAGGCCGACUGGAGUGAUUUCCAGGAACAUCCUGACGGAGCACCCAGCGGAGUCCGACUCCCCGUCAGUGACCUCUGACCCCGGGGAGUCAGCAGGACCGGAGGGCCCCGCCGUCCUACAACAGCCAAUAGAAAGCCUCGGAAACCCAGGCUCCGAUGUGGCGGCUGCAGAGGGGAACCGCUCGGCGCCCGCCACCCCAGACCCUGCAAAACCUGCUCACGCUGACGAGAUGUAACACGAGGCUAGAGCACCAGGACCAGGACUGGACUGUUCAGGAGACGAAUCCACCAAUCGGGGGGUCGGGGGGGGGGGGGGCGGUGGUUCGAUUCCCAAAACACUGCAGUCACCGAGCCCCGAGGAGGAGCGCCUUAAGAGGGCGAUUAAUAACAUUUUCUUAGUGGACAAACGGCGGUACUACAACUCGCGUGACGUCAUUUUGGCCCAAAGAGACAUUUUCCCAUUGACUCACAUUAGGAGAGAGACGUCUGCAAAUCAGUGGCGAUAUCUUCUUUUACUAAAUCAACUUCACAACACGAACACUUUUAGAUCCCUUAUUUAAAUCAGAGUCUAGCUGUCAGCUUAGUGAACCAGGAAAUGUUGAGGACCCCAAAGUUUUAUGAUAUAAAUGUAUAGUAGGGUCUCCAGCACAUAGAAACUGCCGGAUGCUAACCUGCAUAAUGUUGGGGCAUGUGAACAAUUAGCAUAAGUUGUGUUAAUUACCAUUAAUUUGGAGAGUUUAGGAGUGGUGUUGGGAGUUAUUGAAUAUGUUGAAGCAAUUUCUGACAUUUUCAGGAUCAGAAAUGUCAGUUUUAACCAGAAAGUGAUCAUAUCUGUUCUCUCUGUGGACUGAUUCUGACUACCAUGAGUAGAGUUGGACCAUUGGAUACAGAGAGCACAAGAUGAACAUUAUUAUCUCUACUGUGGACACUUUCUUAUCAAAUAAAUGAGCAAUCUGAGUUCCCUUAAUCUUCAAAAUUGACCCAAAACUCAAAAUCAGUCCAGAGAGAGAAUCACAUGCUUUGCAAUAUUUGUCUUUUAACCCAAUCAGAGCAGACGUUGAUUUUUGAACACAGGUAUGUUGAAGCUGAAAGUAAAUAUUGUGUAAUUUUAUGGAUGUAUUUUUAGUUUUAUCAGAAGAGGUUGUUUGUUUUAAAGCUCUUAAAGUAAUUUGGAUAUUUUAAAAUCACUUUUUCUUUGUAAGAGGGAUCUAUUGAGUCUUACUCUGGCUGUUUUUAAUUUAAUUUUAACCAAAAGUCCUCGUGGAUUAAUGUUUGAAUGUUGUUGCGUCACUAAGUGUUAAAUUAAUAUAUUUGAGUCCAUUGGAAUUACAGAAACAUGACAGACCUGAGAAACGUUCAGAUAAAACCAUGCAAAGCUGGGUUUAGUAUUAUUAGUAUUAUUAUUAGUAUGUUAACCCUGCAGUGGAGCGACUCCUCUCUAACAGCUUUGUGUUUCUCAUGAAUCGGCUCACAGGGUUAAUGAUUCAUUCAUUCUUUAUUAAAAGGGAACAACGAG